AUUUACACAUGUGUGCAUAUGUGUGUAUCUAUUUUUUUUUAAUAAAAAAAAACAAAGAUAACAAGUAAAAAAGAUAACAAUUGUUUAUAUAAAAGUUUAUUGCAAUUUUUUGUUGAUUUUCGUGAAUGACAGUUAACAAUAACAAUGUCAUUCAAUCAUGUUGUAAUUGGUGGUGGAACAGGCUGGAUUGGAACAGCAUUAGCAUGUGCAUUAAGAUCUCAAGGCACCAGAGUCAGCAUUGUCACCAGAAGACUUUCUCAUGCUGAUGACAUACUAUGGGAUGACGUUGAAAGAUCAGGACUUCCAAAAAGCACAUCAGCAGUUAUAAAUGUUGCUGGUGUUAAUAUACUAGAUCCAUUAUACAGAUGGAAUGAUGAUUUUAAAAAACAAGUAUGGGAUAGUCGUAUAAGAACAACUAAAAUAUUAACAAAUGCUAUACGUAAUUCUGAUGUUAAAUAUUUUGGACAAAUAUCUGGUGUUGCUUAUUAUCCUCCAGAUGGUAAAGAGUACUCUGAAGAUGACAAGUGUCAAAAAUAUGAUUAUUUAUCAGAAUUAGUACAUGCAUGGGAGGCAGCUGGUGAGCUUCCAAAUGACAGUAAAACAAGAAAAGUUGUUAUAAGAUCUGGUGUUGUUCUUGGUAGAACUGGUGGUAUGAUAUCACAAAUAUUUUUUCCAUUUUAUUUGGGUUUUGGUGGACCAAUUGGAUCUGGUAAUCAAUACAUGCCAUGGAUUCACAUUUCUGAUUUAGUUGAAUUAUUUAUUUAUUCAAUUGAACAGGAAAAAAUACAGGGAAUAUUAAAUGCUGUUGCACCACAGCUUAUUACUAAUAAAGAAUUUACAAAAGCUUUUGGUAGUGCAAUGUGGAGACCAACUAUUUUUCCAUUACCUGAAUUUGUUCUCAAUAUUAUGUUCAGUCAAGAAAGAGCAAAGAUCAUGACAGAUGGACAAAAAGUUAUACCAAAACGUACACUUGAAUAUGGCUUUGAAUAUGAGUUUCCAAAAAUUGAUAUGGCAUGUAAACAAUUUUCUCAAAUUGCAUAUGCUGGUUUAUAUUAAUUUAAUCAAUCAAUAAAUAUUGUAAAUAAUUAAUUUUAAAAAUAUAAAAAGCUUUUAUAUUUUGCAAUCAUUUCACAAAUAAAUUUUCAAGUUUUUUUUUCUUUUUUUUUGUUUUAAAAGUUUAAACAAACUACAAGUUUUAAUAAAUAAAUAUGUGUUGAUGAUGAAAUCCAUAGAAAAAAUUAAGCAAUAUGUAUAUUCUUUUUUUUUUUUUUUUACAAUUGGAUCAUUAUUAUUUUUAUGCUCAAUUUUAGUUCGAGUUAAUUUUGUUUAUUUAUAAAUUUCGUUUGCAUAUGUAUUUAACAUUAGUUUGUGUUGUUAUCUCUUAUCAGUUUUUAGAUGACCAACAGUUACUGAGUCACUGACAAACACAAAGCCACAAAGGUAAAAAAUUAUUACACAAAAUUGUGAAAUAUAUUUUUAAAUGCGCAGUAAAUCAUUUUUCGUGGGUUUUAGCCUAAUCGUAAAACGUUU